AAAGAGGCCGCAAGGGGCGAACUUCUAACAAUGUUAGCCAAUGGUAACUCACGUCGAUGCAACGUCCUUAACCUACUAUUUGGCACAUCCGGGUGAGCGAUUUGGCCGCGAAGAUGUACGGAGCUAUUCGGGUGCUUCUGCAGGUGUUCUUUGCCCAGCUGCUCUGUGGGUGGGUUCUGGGUUCAGAGCUCACAUUUGAGCUGCCAGACAAUGCUAAACAGUGCUUCUACGAAGAUAUCAUCAUGGGCACCAAAUGUACACUGGAAUUUCAGGUCGUGACUGGGGGUCAUUAUGAUGUUGAUUGUCGUCUGGAGGACCCUGAUGGAACUGUCCUCUACAAGGAGAUGAAGAAGCAAUAUGACAGCUUUACAUUCACCGCUGCCAGAAAUGGCACCUUCAAGUUCUGCUUCAGCAAUGAGUUCUCAACUUUCACGCACAAGACUGUCUACUUUGACUUCCAGGUUGGGGAAGACCCCCCAUUGUUUCCUAAUGAGAACCGAGUCACAGCUCUCACACAGAUGGAGUCGGCGUGUGUGUCCAUCCAUGAGGCUCUAAAAUCCGUCAUUGACUACCAGACACACUUUCGCCUCCGGGAGGCCCAGGGACGCAGUAGGGCAGAGGACCUCAACACCCGGGUGGCCUUCUGGUCCAUCGGUGAAGCCUUCAUCCUCCUGGUGGUUAGCAUAAGUCAGGUGGUCCUGCUGAGAAGCUUCUUCUCAGACAGGAAGACCACUACGACACGUGUUGGAUCAUAAUCAACUUGUACUCCUGGGAUCGUUCUUAUCAUCUUUUUUUUGGCUCAAUACAUAUUACAUUUUAGCAAACCAUAAGUACUUGACAUUGAAUUAGGUCCUGUUGUUUAUUUUUGUAAAUGUUUUCCUUGGUGCUUUAUUGGUUCCCUCCCAUCAGUUAAUUUCACACUUAUUUCAUUUUAAUGGUGCACCUAAAAACAAGGUUGAGGGAGGUGGAUGAAAACAUUAAAGAUUCAAGUUGUUAAAUUUCUUCCUCCUUCCAUUGGCAAAAAAACAAAACAGCAAUGACUCCCUCCUGUCUGGUGUUAAAAUUGUAACAUAAAUGAUUAACUCUCUAAACACAUAUGGCAGACUUCAAUGUUUGUGGGCUGCUUGGAUAAUGAUGAUGGAGCUAGCCAUUCAUUUGACAUUUUAAUCCUUUUUAUGCUUCCAAAUUCGAUUUUAUUGUGAGGAAUCCAUGUGUACAGUCAUGAUGUAACAUCCCAGUUAGAACAGACCUUGGUUUGACCUCAUUACAAAUGUGGGAGUUGAAAGUUGUUUUUUCUUUAUAUUUCAUGCGUAUUUUAGGUUGUGUUUUGAAGUAAAAAAUGGAUAUUAACUUUGUUUUGAUGCCUGAUCAUUUACUACUUGUUAAGAAAAGGGUUUGGGCCUCAACAUCAGCCCUUGCUGUGUAAUUUAUGAAUUGCAUAGACCUAUUUAUUCUGUGAUAUCAAAUCGUCCUCAUCUUUCUUAGUACACUGGUAUAAAAUGUUAUUGUAUUGUUUGUCAAAAGAUUGGGAUGACUGUAACAUAUUAUUUCAAAUUCUCAUUUGUAAAUGUUCAAUCCAUUUUCCUUUUUGUUUUGUAAAAAGAAAACGUGUGUGUUGGGUUUGGAAAGGUUAAGCAACACUACAUGCAAUUCAUGUUUUUUAAGGGGCUUAGUUCUUUAGUGGAAUCCCCUUGGUAGAGUUUUGCUUGCACAUGAGUGCAUGUUAAUGGGCUGUGACCAAAAAUGUUUUGUUUUCUAGCCUCUUCAAAAGCAAACUGUCAAAUGUACAAUUAGAAUAUUAUUUAUCCUUUUGACAUACAAUAAGAUUCACUCUGAUAUAAAUGGUCUAUAUUGUGGUGGUAAAAGGUUAAUUGAUGGAAACUAAACAUGAUCGAUUUCUUUCACCCAUUAUUUGGUAUGAUUUGAUUGAUCCCUGUACAUGCUUUGUUCCAUCUGGCUGUCUUCACAGUUUGCUGGAAAUAUUCAACCAUCUUUAUUAAAAGGAAUUGAAUUUUUGCCACUUA